CGGGGCGCGCGGGGACGGUGUGCGUCGGCUCUGAGGGGCCCACGCGUGCGGCGUCAUGGCACGCCUGCUCCGUGCGUUCAGGGGUUUGCCCUUUCGAGGGGCGCCCUUGCGGGCCGUGGGGGGCCCAGCGGGCAGAGGCGGCGCGGGGGCCAGUCCCGACGACGCAGGGUCUCUCCCAAAGCAUGGGCCGUCUCUCACCAAGAGUGAAUGGCAAAAGAAGCUGACUCCAGAGCAGUUCUAUGUUACGAGAGAAAAAGGAACCGAAGCGCCUUUCAGUGGGGUCUAUCUGAAUAACAAGGAAUCAGGAAUGUAUCACUGUGUGUGCUGUGACAGCCCACUCUUCAGCAGCUGCAGGCUGGUGAAUGUCUUCCACAGUUCCGAGAAAAAGUACUGCUCUGGCACCGGGUGGCCUGCCUUCUCGGAGGUGCACGGGGCAUCUGGCUCUGAUGAAAGGGACGCGGGCAUCCUGAGACGUGUGGACACCUCAUUAGGAUUAACUCGCACCGAGGUUGUCUGCAAGCAGUGUGAAGCCCAUCUUGGCCACGUGUUUCCUGAUGGACCUGGGCCUAGUGGUCAGAGGUUUUGCAUCAACAGUGUGGCCCUGAAGUUCAAACCAAGGAAACACUGACUGUCUCCGAGGAUCCCUUUCUAUCGCCACUGCUUCAUUUACCCCCUCAAUUUUCAAUUUAUGUGAAUGACUUGUUUUAUUUACUAUCAAACUAAGCAAAGUUUGCUGCUGGCACCAAGCAAGUUCCAACUUCUGUAAUUGAUUUACCUGGAAUCAACCCAACCCCAACUCCAGCUUGGAUGGUGGAAUUUCACAGAAUGACAGAGGGGCAGCCAUUUCCGUCCAAUUGACUUCUUUAGGCUUUGCCUGGGACCAGAGGGCAUGGCUCUUUGGGGACAUUAAGAAACUAAUGGACAACAAACCAAAAAUUCCUGCAAAACUACCCUGAACUUUCUGUGGUAUUAAGUCCUUUGUGGACAUACAUAGGUGAGGGAUCAAGAGAAAAGAGGAAGGAAAUAUGGGAUCAGAGUAAUCAACAAUCCCAGCAUUGAAAGAAGUACCAAGGGAUUAUGGAAGAGCAGCAUUUGGGAGACACACAUGGUGAUCAGUGGGAUGCAUGAUUCUUUUUCAAAAUUUUAGAAUGUCUUGAACAUUCUGGUUUCAUUCCUUCUACCGGCAAAUAAGUUCCAAUGGGACUUUGUUAGAUUUCAGUGAUAAUGAGUAAAAGUGGCUACAAAGUUAAGCUUUAACAUGUUCAAAUAAAAUAUUGAGUAAAAUUUUAUGUGUGCUUUUUGUCUGAGCCUAUGAAGUUGCUCUUUUAUAAAAACAACUCUGUGGGGCACCUGGGGGUGGCUCAGUUGGUUAAGCAUCUGCCUUCAGCUCAGGACAUGAUCCCAGGAUCCUGGGAUUGAGCCCCACAUUGGUCUCCCUGCUCAGCGGGGAGUCUGUUUUUCCCUCCCCCCUCUGCCCUGCUCCUGUGCUCAAUCUCUCUCUCUCUCUCAAAUAAAUAAAUAAAAUCUUUAAAAACCUGGAAUAUUUUUUAAAAAUCUAAAUCAAAUACCAAAAAAAUUAGAUUACAUGGUAGUAGGCAUUUGGUUAUAGCAACACUAAUAGGAACUCAACUGUUUCACAAAUUGAGAGUCUUGAAUAAUUUGCUAUUGAAAGUAUUUAAAUUAUUUGGGACAUAAUAGAAAGGAAACAGUUACUCCAUUUCUUUUCCUUAUUAGCUUGUAAUGCAUUAUGCAGCUCGUUUUUUAGUGGUUACCUUGGAAAUAACAACAUGCAUCCUAAACUUGUCAUGGUCGUAUAAAAAUUAUUACUUUUUGCUACUUCUCCAGGGAUGCUAACCUCAGAACACUUUAACCCCAUUAAACACCCUUCUGUAUUUCGUGUUACUAUCCCUAUGUAUUUAAUUUUACACAUUUUAACCCCCACAAGUCUUUUUUUUUUUUUUAAAGAUUUUAUUUAUUUAUUUGACAGAGAAAGACACAGCGAGAGAGGGAACACAAAUGGGGAGUGGGAGAGGGAGAAGCAGACUCCCUGCCGAGCAGGGAGCCCGAUGCGGGACUCGAUCCCGGGACUCCAGGAUCAUGACCUGAGCCGAAGGCAGUCGCUUAACCAACUGAGCCACCCAGGCGCCCCCCCACAAGUCAUUAUUAAUUUAUAUGUCAAUAUUUAUUUAUAUUUACCUACAUUUUUGCCCUUUCUGUUCCUCAUUUCUUCCUGAAAUCCUGUUUCCCUAUGGGGUUAUUUUUUUCUGCUUGAAGAAUUCCUUUUUGUUUUAGUUCAUGAUUCCUAGUGAUGGAUCUUCUGUUUUUUGUUGGCUGAGAAAUGUAUUUAUUCUCCCUUGAAAUGUUGAAAGCUUUAUUGAGAAAAAGUUGACAUACGAAAAAGUUUCACAUAUUUAUAAUUUUGAUGAGUUUGGUCUCCUUUCAUUUUGGAAAUAUUCUUUUCCCUGGGUAUAGAAUUCUAAUAUAGAAAAAUUUUAUUUCAGCAUUUUUAAAGUUUUGUUCCAUUGUCUUUGGCUUCCAUCAUUUUCUCUGAGAAAUAAGUUGUAAGUGAUAUUGUCGCUCCUUUGAAAGCAGUGUAUUCCCCUCCUCAACCCCAGCUAUUUUUGUGAAUUUCUCUUUUUAUUUGAUUUCCAGCAGUUUAUGUUGUACCCUGGUGUGGUUGUCUUUGUAUUUAUUGUGCUUGGGGUUCAUAGAGUUCUUUGAAUCUUUUCAUCAGUUUUGGAAAAUUUGAUUAUUCUCUCUUCACUAUUGCUUUUUCCCUGACCUCACUCCUGGCCUUCUGGAACUUGAAUCACACAAAAAGUUAAGACCAUUUAUUGCAUCCCACAUAACUCUAAGAUUCUUUUCUGAAUUUUCCCAUUCUUUUAAAUUUCUGUACUUCAGUUUGGAUAUUUUUUGUCAACAUGCUCUCUAACUUACCAGUCUUAUCCUUUUGCUCCUCUAG